CAGGUUAGAGACACUGAGAGGGAGGAAGUACACAAGGCAGAGAAAGUUGCGCAGUUCUGGUCCAGAGAAGAGGCAGAAAGCUCCUGCAACAUGAGCUCUGAAACAACCAAAGAAACUAUAGUAGUGAAGACAGGAGAAGCUGCUGCUGCUCCAGCUGCAGGGAGAGGGGAAUGGAAGUGCCCUAUGGGUGACCGGCAUGUCCACAGAGAUGAUGUGAGGAAGGUUUGGAAAGAGUGCCAAGAGGAGAGCUUCUGGUAUAGAGCUCUGCCCCUCUCUCUGGGUAGCAUGGCUGUGACUGGUGGUCUUAUCUACAACGGCGUCUGGAAACAAUCAAAGCGACUUGGUUACUUUCCAAAACUAGCGGUUGCUGGGAUCCUUGGUUUUGCAGUGGGGAAAGCAUCUUAUGUUGGAACUUGUCGAAGCAAGUUUCAAAAGAUUGGCAUUGAGGGUGGACCCUGGUCUGAGGGGCCCGGCUUUGGACCUUUUAAUAAGUCUGGCCAUGGACACAGAGCCUGCCACCAUGUGUGUGAAGAGUGUAAGAAAAAAGCUCAAGAUGCACCUGCAGAACAGUUGAAAAGCUAGAGCCUCAUCCAAAACACUGAAAGACUGUCAGCGUGGAUCAAUCAGUUGCAGCUUUUCUGGUUCUUUAAUAUCAUAAAUACUACAUAUAAUUUGUCUAAUGUUUCCUUUUUUAAAUAUAUAUAUAUAAUGUACAUCAUAAUCAUUCAGGAGGUACCAUACACAAAAGUGCCACUAGAGGGAGCCACUAACCUUUCAGCCAGUCAUGAAUCCUUCUUCAUGUAUUUCCACUUUAUUUGUAACAGUACAACGUCUCUUAUAGGCAGUGCACCACUGGAAUAAAGGCAAGGCAUGUUUUUGUGUAUAGCACAUUUCAUCCUCAGAGGCAGCUCAAGGUUCUUUAUGUAAUGAAGUUUUUAUAUGAGACAUGGGUAAGAGAAAUGAAAGAGCACAAACUUAUUUUUUCAUAAAGAAGUUUAAGGGUACAAAUCAUUUAGUUUCAGUAUCAACAGCAAUACACUUUUACAACAACUAAACAAAAUAAAUGUUGCCUUAAAUAUCAGACAAGUUGCCUGUAUUAAAUGUACAUUAAAAAAUGUUAGGAAAUGUCACUGUCAGUACAGGUUUGUUUAGAUAAUUAAAAUCUCUGUAUUCUCAUAUUUGCUCAUUUUGAUUAAAGGGAAAAAAUCAACAGCA